UUGUACAUAAUGAAACAUUAAUUUAUUGUUCAGAAUGAGUGCAGCAGAACAAGAGGCCUACUUGAAGGUCAUUUUGAGUGAUGAAGAUACAGAUUCAAGUGGAGUGUCUGAUGGCGAGGACGAGGACUGCGUUCCAGAGCCAAUCUCAACUGCUCCAAUUUCAGAUAACGACUCUAAAAAUGAAGAAUCACAAAAUUAUGAAAAUAUAGAGGAUAAUAUCGACGAGCAAGCAUAAGAACAGGAAGCGAUUGAGUUUCACAAUAGUGAGAGUGAGGAAGACGAUGAAGCAGAAACUGCAGAGCCAGAAGGUAGUGAACAUUUUUUUGCUUAUUAUGAUAGAGAAGUCAUUUUUUUAUUUGAAUAUUAAAUUUAUUUUAUAUUGAUUGCUUAUUGUAGAAUUAGUAACCAGCAGUUUUAUUGCAAAGGAUAAAACUGUGUGGGGGGAAACGCCACCACAUAAUCAUCAGACUGCAGCUCGUAAUGU